CCGACACGAUGGAUUACCAGAACCGCGCCGGAUCGAAAUUCGGCGGCGGCGGCGUCGCCUCGCACUCCGCCACGAACGCCGACCGACGCGAACGUCUACGCAAGCUCGCCCUCGAGACGAUCGACCUCGACAAAGACCCCUACUUCUUCAAGAACCAUGUGGGCAGCUUUGAAUGCCGACUCUGUCUGACGGUACACCAAAACGACGGGUCCUACCUGGCACACACGCAGGGACGCAAGCACCAAACGAAUCUUGCACGGCGCGCGGCGCGCGAACAGCGCGAGGGCAAGAACCAGGACCCGUCGUCGCUGCCCGGGGCGAUGGGUGUGCAGGUGAAGAAGCAGACGAUCAAGAUCGGACGGCCGGGGUACAAGAUCACGAAGAUCCGGGACCCGUUGACGCGGCAGUUGGGGAUGCUGUUCCAGUUGCAGUAUCAGGAGAUCACGCCGGGGGUGGUGCCCAAAGUGCGGUUCAUGUCGGCGUUCGAGCAGAAGGUCGAGGAGCCCCCGGACAAGAGUUUUCAGUAUCUGGUCGUCGCGGCGGAGCCGUAUCAGACUUGUGGGUUUAAGUUGCAGGCCAGGGAGAUUGAUCGCCGCGAGGGCAGGUAUUGGACUUGGUUCGAUGAGGACAGUAAGGAGUUUUGGGUCCAGAUUAUGUUCAAGACUGAGCGUGAGGAGAGGUUCUCUGGUGUGCCCGGGUUGGCGCCUAUGGAGUCGAAGGCUUAAUUGGUUUGAUGAUGACAUGGUGGCUGCAGCUUGGGGUGGGGGAUGGUGGGGAGGAGUGAAUAUGCUUGGUUUUUAAAGGGCUUUGCUGGGCGUUUUUACGGUUUCUGUUCAGGCAAAAUGAUUGUUCAUUUUUCUUCUUGAUCAUUGUGUUAUCUCGGAUUAGAGCGGCUUUCCAUC